GUGGAAGAGCAUCAUUUUUGUGAUUUCCAAGUAAACAGAGGCCUGAUACUGACACUGGAAACAUGGACGCCUUCAUUGGAACAUGGAAAAUCAUCAAAAAAGUGAACCUUGAUGAGUACUUGAAAGCAAUCGGUAUAGAUGAAGUGAGCAAUGAUGUUAAACUCACUGAGACCGUUUCCAAAGAGGGGGACUAUGUGGUCUGGAAAAUAAUGAACAGCCACCAUGCCAGAGAUAUGAAUUUCAUAUUGGAUAAAGUGUUCUAUGAUGGUACCCUACAGGGCAGACAAUGCUUCAGUACCAUAAACCUUAAUGGAAAUCAACUGGUACAAGUGCGGAAAUGGGGUAGAAAUGAAAGCACGAUUAUCCGUGAGGUUAAAGGGAAUAACAUGAUUAUGACACUGAAAUUUGGUGAUGUUGAAGCACAGCGCAUCUAUGAGAAGGUUUAAUUGUUGAUCAGUGAUGAGACGAUGUUACACACAGAACUUUGAAGUAAACCUGGAUUGUAAUGCUGAUACUUUUAAAAUGUAAAACUGAAUCAUUUAUAAACUGAAUUUAUAUAUUGCCAUAAAGCUUCUGUGUGACAAUGUCUGUUGUUAAAAGCACUGUACAAAUAUGAAUAUAAAAUAAAUUAUUUUUA